AUGGAUCACAGAACGCGUGCACGUGUCAUCAAGGCGCUGGUCUUGGCUGUUGAACCUGGUACCUACGGGAGCGAUAUGCACUGCACCCUGCGAGAAGUGCAACCGGGUGAUGGUACAAUCUAUACAACAAUCUCGUACGUCUGGGGAGACGCAAAAUUUCCAUGCAAGGUUUCCUGUACAGGCCCGGACAAUAUCAGUGGUAUACUAUACGUGACCGAGAACCUUCAUGCCGCCCUGCAAACAAUCCGACAAGUGGAUCAACCCAUGACUGUGUGGGCUGAUGCCAUAUGCAUCAACCAAGACGAUCUCGAUGAACGGUCCCAGCAGGUCUUACUGAUGCGGAAGAUUUACUCUGAAAGCUUACGACUAUUUAUCUGGCUGGGAGAGGAUGGCGACUUGUACGGUGCAGCUUUUGACUACAUUUCGUACGCCCUUGAGAAAUUCGAAUAUCCGCCUGGCCCUGUACUUGGUGAUCCCCAUGCUGUGAGGAGUCUCAUCAAAGACUUAUAUUCUAAACUUACAGACGAGGUCUUGUCUUCUUUAAAUCUUUUUUUCGGUAACAGUUGGUUCCGACGAGCUUGGACGUUUCAGGAAGUCCUUUGUGCUUCUGAGGCAACAAUUUUUGCUGGUGACCGAACUAUCCCUUACGAAGACGUGGCGAAUUUCGUUAAACUAGUGCUUGACUUCGGCAUUGGAUUCCGGCUCUCAAACAUGUCAUCUCAUCUAGCGAUGGGUCAGGUCACCGUUAUAAAACAAUUUCGCAAUAGACCCACUACCCUGCUUCAACUCGCCGCAAUGACUCGAUCACGUCAGGCCACAGAUCGUCGAGAUAAACUCUACAGCCUCAUUGCCAUCGCUAGUGAUAGUGCCCUCUUACCAUAUCAGCCAGACUACCGUAUCGCAGUAGGCAAAGUAUACCAAGAUUUCACGGUCGCUUGGAUCGCUGAAUACGAAGCUUUAAACGUGCUAUCUCUAUGCGUUUAUUCGGAAGACGCAUUGGGAACACCAUCCUGGGUGCCAAAUCUCGCGCGUUCAAAAGACAUUCCUAGCAUGGUUGAAACUGUGGAGGAUCCCUUCGAAGCCUGCGGUCCUUACGAUGAGUCCAAAAGGCUCUCUGUGCGAAAUAAUACAUUGUCAGCCCCAGGACUACUAUUGGAAAAGAUUGCAAGAUCAGCGAGCCGUAGCCUGGAAGUCACAGUUAGGAUUGGCGAUUUGCACAAAUUUCUAGCAGAAGGUGCUAUGGACCAGCUUCAUGUACUCCGAGAAGCAUUACAAUUGACAAGUAUGCCGUGCUGGAAGGCUCCCGAACCUAUACGCAAACAGGCAUUCUGGCGGACUCUGCUCGGGGGAAAUUGGACAGACAACUGCAGACUACGUCAACAUCAUGAAAACGAUUUCAACAGCUACUGGGAGUUCAUGCAGCAGUUCGAUCCUGAAUUAGAAUCUGAUUCAACUUGGGAUGGCUAUGACCUGGUCCGUGUUACCAAUGUAGAAACAAAGGUGAUUGACAUAGCUAGAGAACGCCGCUUUUGCAUGUCGGAAAGCGGUCGCAUGGGAUGGAUUCCCAAAGCUGGAAAGGAAGGUGAUAUAAUAAGCGUGCUCUAUGGUUGUUUCGUGCCUGUCCUCCUACGACCGAAAGGCAACGCGUAUGAGGUCAUUGGAACAUGUUACAUCCACGGAAUCAUGGAUGGCGAAGCAGUUGCGGCUGCGCAGAGUCCUAUGCAGCAGAUAGAUCUGGUGUGA